UAUCAAGUGUUGAUUCAAGUCGCACUUUCGUACUUGGUAAAAGACGAAAGAACAAACGAAAUGUCUAUGACUCGUUGAUACGUUACCAACGUGCACAUCGAUUCGCAAGAAUAAUGAAACGAAUGAUUUAUCUGCGCCGCAAGGCUGCGUGGGAACAAGAUGACCCAGAAGAGACGUUCAGCGUAGACUCUGCCAGUAGCAAGUUUACCAGUCUUGCUAAGUUUGCACCAACCUUGGUGAGUACCCCAACCGAUCGCGUCGAGGAAUUCAGGAAGAAACUUCGACCUGACCUUAGGUCGCGUGUGUCCGUCCUAACCACCGUGGAUUUCGCGGAGGCCUAUGAUCUCAUAGCCAGGGCAGACAGCGACUUGAGUGCUUGCAUUGAGUAUCUGAAGGCAAAUAAUGUCAGUUCAAGCACUCACCGUCCCAUCAGCUCUAUCUCAAAAGGAAAAAGGCCCUUCCAGGAAUCUAGCAAUUCACACUUCUCAAAGAAGGGGAAAUCGUUGCAGACGCACUCUGUGGCGUCGGAAAACAAAUCAAAAGGUGGAAACACCCAUUGUGCGAUACAUGUGGGAGACAUCAUCCAGGCGAGUGUUGGCUUGCCCAAGGAUUAUGUUUAGGUUGCGGCAAACCUGGACAUUUUCGAAGGGAUUGCCCCACUAAUCCUGGAAAACCAUUUCCGACAGCCCUAGUUGUCAGCCAAUCAGCAUCAGCACGACCUGCGCCAAGUCAACGAUCAACGGCGGGAUCUAACCCGGCCAAGAACCAGAGUCAACAACAGGGACGAGCUCCUGCUCAUACUUAUGCAAUGAAGGCACGAACUGAGG